CGAUCAUCUAAUCUUCUCAAGGAAAAUGGCUACACAGGCUUUGGUCUCAUCGUCUUCGCUCACCUCCUCCGUGGAGUCUGCUAGGCAAAUCCUAGCAGCCAGGCCACUUCACACAACAUCUUCAAGAAAGGUCUCCUUUGUUGUCAAAGCUGCUUCCACCCCUCCUGUUAAGCAAGGAGCUAACAGACAGUUGUGGUUUGCAUCCAAGCAAUCUCUCUCUUACCUUGAUGGAAGUCUCCCAGGCGACUUUGGGUUCGACCCACUUGGUCUCUCAGACCCAGAAGGAACCGGAGGAUUCAUCGAACCCAAGUGGCUAGCAUACGGCGAGGUUAUCAAUGGACGUUUCGCCAUGUUGGGUGCAGCUGGCGCCAUUGCACCAGAGAUCUUCGGCAAGCUUGGGCUCAUCCCACCGGAAACCGCCCUCCCUUGGUUCAAGACCGGUGUCAUUCCCCCAGCCGGAACAUACAACUACUGGGCAGACCCUUUCACCCUAUUUGUAUUGGAAAUGGCGUUGAUGGGUUUCGCAGAGCAUAGAAGACUCCAAGACUGGUAUAACCCAGGGUCAAUGGGGAAGCAAUACUUCUUGGGGUUGGAGAAAGGUUUUUCAGGGUCGGGUGACCCGGCAUACCCAGGUGGGCCGUUCUUUAACCCACUUGGGUUCGGGAAAGAUGAGAAGUCAAUGAAGGAACUGAAGCUAAAAGAAAUCAAGAAUGGAAGAUUGGCUAUGUUAGCAAUCUUGGGUUACUUCAUUCAGGGUUUGGUGACCGGGGUUGGACCUUUCGAGAACCUUCUGGAUCAUUUGGCUGAUCCUGUCAACAACAAUGUCUUGACUAGCCUCAAGUUCCACUAGACUCUCCAUUUUCUUUCCUAUAUCAUAUGUAAUAUCAUGUGCAGAUCUAUUUCUUCGGAAUACUAUUAUUAAUUUGUAACAAAAUUAAUGAUAUAUAACGGAAACCUUGUUGCUACUAAAUAAACCCUACUUACAUUAUAUUCUUGUGUUGGAAAAUAUAGGAUCGUUUGUAUGCUCAAAUCAGUGAGCCAAACAUGGUUUUUGGGGCUGGAAAAUAG